CGUUAGUUCUAAAUCAAAAUACGGAGAAUCUAAGGAGUUAGCAAGCGACUUUGUGGUGGUUUAAUUACAUUUAUUUUAUUUUGGAUUUUAAAAACAAAAGUGUAUAGUAACAGAUGGCAGGUUUACCCCCUGGAGACCCGCAGUUGGUCUCUAUGAUCGUCAAUCAUUUGAAAACGCAAGGUCUUUUCGAUCAGUUUAGAAGGGACUGCUUGGCAGACGUGGAUACAAAGGUAACGACCGUUAUGAAUGGUGAAUGAAACAGGAACAAGUAGCUAGCCAGCAAGUAAACUAAAAUUAGCCAUGAUACAGUAGCUAAGCAUUAGUAAUAUUGUCCGAAAGCUUUUGCCUUCGCGAGUUGCUACCAGAAUCGUACCUCUGUUCCAGGUCGCGAGACGUUGCGCUCUGGAUCAGACCUACCACAAUUUGUUGUGCAGCCAGGAUUUUGUGCACGCAUAACCAAUAAAUUGCAAACAUGGCUGUGAUUAAAUGUUUGUUAACUAGCUAACGUUAUUCACUAUUUUUAGCCUGCAUACCUGAAUUUAAGACAACGAGUGGACAACUUUGUGUCCAAUCACCUCUCUAACCACACAUGGAGUCCUCACUUGAACAAGAAUCAGUUGAGAAACAACAUCCGACAAUUGGUGCUUCAGUAAGUAAUUCGUGACAGUUCACAUAUGGCCCUAUACAGAAAGUACAAGUUUUGGUUAUGCAUGUGCACUUAGAAAAAAUUUACCUUUCAUCUUAUUUCAACCUGGUCUCAGAGGAUUUCGUAUUAUUCCGAACGAAAUACGAGAAACUCAAUUUAGGAUAUGAUAUGUUACGUUUGGUAUGGUUACAUAAGACAUGUUUACUUAAGGCAAAAACGAAAGUAGGGUGGAUUGGUGGGCAUAUAACGCUUACAUCUAGCAACCCAAAGAUUGAGAGUUUGAAUCUCAUCACGGGCAACUUUAGCAUUUUAGCUAAUUAGCAGCUUUUCAACUUUCAACUUACUACUUUUUAGUACUUUGCAACUACUUAGCAUGUUAACUAACACUUCCCCUAACCUCAACCCUUUUAGCUAACCCUAACCAUAAUAACCAUAUGUAAAAAUGUAUGCGCACAUGACUAAGUCGCUUUGGAUAAAAGCGUCUGCUAAAUGGCAUAUUAUUAUUAUUAUUAUUAUUAUAACCAUUUUAGCUAACUCCUAAACUUAUCUCUAACCUUAACCCUAACCUAGCUAACGUUAGCGAGCUAGCUACCGUUAGGUUAGAAUUCGUAACAUAUCAUACAUUUAGAAAAUUUGUAUAAACAUAUAAACAAAAUUGUAAUUCGUAACAUAUCAUACGAAAUGGGUGAUGGACAUCCACAAAUGAAUACAUACCAUACGAAAUGUAACAUAUCAUAUUGGGCGGCAGGUAGCUUAGUGGUUAAGAGCGUUGUGCCAGUAACCGAAAGGUCGCUGGUUCUAAUCCCCGAGCAGACUAGGUGAAAAAUCUGUCGAUGUGCCCUUGAGCAAGGCACUUAACCCUAAUUGCUCCUGUAAGUCGCUCUGGAUAAGAGCGUCUGCUAAAUGACCAAUUAUUUAUUAUAUUAUUAUAGUGUCUUGGAUUUACAUAAAAAAUAAUACGAAACGGUCUGAGGCCAGGUUGCUUAUUUUCACAGGGGCUGUGAAUGUGCAACCCUUUAUCUCUCUUUAGUCAGUCACUUACUAGCACUUUUUAAAUCAUAUGUCAUGUUAGAACAUCAAAAGAGACAGUGCAUCCGCUUUUGAGUAUAUGAACCGAAUCCUCUUCUGAUCUCGUGGCAGGUCUGGGAUGCUGGAGCAGGGAGUUGACAGGAUAGUUGCUCAGGUGGUGGAUCCCAAAAUCCAUCACACCUUCAGGCCCCAGGUGGAGAGGGUGGUCCGUGAAUUCAUGUCCCCCGGCAGCUAUAUGGAUGAAGCCCCUGUCCCGCCUGCUCCUGUGGAGGAGAAACAAGACUUUGACCUGCCAGUGCAAGGUAAAAUACAGUUGGAUGCUUCUAGCAGGUCCUUAGGAGGAAAAAAAAUCGGUCUAUUAUUGUCUUGUCCAAUUCCAGGAAGAAUGUCUUUAAAUUUGCAGAGCACUAUAUAUUCUACUGCCUUCUUUGACUUCCCCCAUUCAUGUGUUUGUUCGUAAAUGGGAUUGUGACUGAUAAUGGUGUGCUUUUGCAUUAUUGUCUGACUUAACAUUCGUCUGUAUGACUCAAUGGAAAUGUUGGAUUCCCAGCUCCUUCAUCUGCCCCUGCUACUUCAAUGGCCAGAGAUGCCAUGUCCAUCCUGGAUACCAUCACCACCCUGAACCAGGAGGCCAGCUCCCGGGCCAGCUCCAGUGGAGAGAAGGUCCUCAAGGGGGGCUCUGAGAGGGACCAAGACCCAGAGGAGUCGAUGCAGGAGGCUGAAGGGGGAGAGCAGGACAUGAGUCUGGUGGAGGAGGGAGAAGAGGACCAGGACAGGAAGACGCCGGAGAAAGAUGAGGAAUCAAAGCUUGUGUCAGAGGUCCAGGCUAUGGAGAACAAAACAGAGGAUGUACAGGAGCAGAUGGACUCUGAGAGAGAGGGGAUGAAGGGUGAUGAGGAAGAGAUUGGGACUCAAGAGGAGGCAGAAGAGAGAAAGGAGGGGAAGACCAUAGGAAAGCUCAAAGAGGAGGUGCAGAACAAGGAUGUUGAUCCACUUCAGUCCCCCAAUGAGAAACAACAUAUCAAUCAGAAGGCCAGAGAGAGGUUAAAAGAAGGUGAGAUCUAAGGCUUGUCUUGAAUGUUUAGGUUUAUGAAUUUGAUGAAAAUCAUCACUACACUAUGACAAUGUCGAAUCACUAAGUAGGGAUUGAAAGCCUCAGGGUUUUAGUUAUUAAAGCCUCAUGGUUUUAUUCAUUAAAGCCUCAUGGUUUUAUUCAUUAAAGCCUCAGGGUUUUAGUUAUUAAAGCCUCAGGGUUUUAGUCAUUAAAGCCUCAGGGUUUUAGUCAUUAAAGCCUCAGGGUUUUAGUCAUUAAAGCCUCAGGGUUUUAGUCAUUAAAGCCUCAGGUUUUUAGUCAUUAAAGCCUCAGGGUUUUAGGUACCGUUUACCAAUUUAUUUUGCGUGUUUUUCCUCAUCAGAAUAUUCUCUGGAGGACUCUGACCUUGAUGGCCUCAGUGACAUCACUGUGAGCUCUGUCCACACCAGUGACCUGUCGUCAUUCGAGGAGGACAGCGAUGAUGAGCAGCCACCGUCAGAUUCUACGGAGGACGGCGAGGUCUCAUCUGAAGGUCUGUUUGUGUUCAUGUAUUAUUUCUCAGUAAGAAGCAUUUAUUUAGAGAUACAAAUAAUUGAAAACAAUUUCAAAUAUCAAGUGAAAACCGAAGCUAUUAGAGGACAAUAUUGAAGACAAUAUUUCCUCGUCAGUAAUUCGUUUUUAUUCUGUGUGAUCUCAAGAUGAAAAGUCUGAGAAGAAGAAGACCAAUAGAGACGAAGACAAUGAGGAGAGCACAGAGCGCAAGCCUCGUCGACAGGCCUACGUCCACAAGCCCUUCCUCUACUCCCGUUACUAUAGCGACUCUGAUGAUGAGGUCACCGUGGAGCAGCGUCGGCGGUCAGCGGUAAGUGACAGGAUCAGGCUGAUAUUUAUGGAAAAUAAAUGCCUGCAUACUGAAAAUACAAAAGUUGUUGACAAAGUGUUUUUGUGGCUGGGUUUAAUCAAACUUGUUCUAAACUCCCUCCUUACCUCUAUUCUCUCAGGCCAAGGACAAGGAGGAGAGGCUUUUCAAGAGACAGCAGAACAGGGAACGCAUGGAGGAGAAGCGUAGACAGAAGUCAGCUCAACUAGAAGACCAGGGUACUUGUAACAUCAAUAUAUUCCACAAUGUGCUUUUCCCUGGCAGACUAAUUAGUGUGUCAACCUUUUUAUACCUGAUUCAUUUGACUUACAGUACCAGUCAAAAGUUUGGACACACCUACUCAUUCAAGGGUUUUUCUUUAUUUGUACUAUUUUCUAAAUUGUAGAAUAAUAGUGAAGACAUCAAAACUAUGAAAUAACACAUGUGGAAUCAUGUAGUAACCAAAAAAGUGUUAAACAAAUCAAAAUAUAUGACAGCUUUGCACACUCUUGGCAUUCUCUCAACCAGCUUCACCUGGAAUGCUUUUCCAACAGUCUUGAAGGAGUUCCCACAUAUGUUGAGCACUUGUUGUCUGCUUUUCCUUCACUGCGGUCCAACUCAUCCCAAACAUCUCAAUUGGGUUGAGGUUGGGUGAAUGUGGAGGCCAGGACAUCUGAUGUAGCACUCCAUCACUCUCCUUCUUGGUCAAAUAGCCCUUACACAGCCUGGAGGUACAGUGAGGGGAAAAAAGUAUUUGAUCCCCUGCUGAUUUUGUACGUUUGCCCACUGACAAAGAAAUGAUCAGUCUAUAAUUUUAAUGGUAGGUUUAUUUGAACAGUGAGAGACAGAAUUUUAAAAAACGCAUGUCAAAAAUGUUAUAAAUUGAUUUGCAUUUUAAUGAGGGAAAUAAGUAUUUGACCCCUCUGCAAAACAUGACUUAGUACUUGGUGGCAAAACCCUUGUUGGCAAUCACAGAGGUCAGACGUUUCUUAUAGUUGGCCACCAGGUUUGCACACAUCUCAGGAGGGAUUUUGUCCCACUACUCUUUGCAGAUCUUCUCCAAGUCAUUAAGGUUUCGAGGCUGACGUUUGGCAACUCGAACCUUCAGCUUCAGAUUUUCUAUGGGAUUAAGGUCUGGAGACUGGCUAGGCCACUCCAGGACCUUAAUGUGCUUCUUCUUGAGCCACUCCUUUGUUGCCUUGGCCGUGUGUUUUGGGUCAUUGUCAUGCUGGCAAUACCCAUCCACGACCCAUUUUCAAUGCCCUGGCUGAGGGAAGGAGGUUCUCACCCAAGAUUUGACAGUCCAUGGUCCUGUCCAUCGUCCCUUUGAUGCGGUGAAGUUGUCCUGUCCCCUUAGCAGAAAAACACCCCCAAAGCAUAAUGUUUCCACCUCCAUGUUUGACGGUGGGGAUGGUGUUCUUGGGGUCAUAGGCAGCAUUCCUCCUCCUCCAAACACGGCGAGUUGAGUUGAUGCCAAAGAGCUCGAUUUUGGUCUCAUCUGACCACAACACUUUCACCCAGUUCUCCUCUGAAUCAUUCAGAUGUUCAUUGGCAAACUUCAGACGGGCAUGUAUAUGUGCUUUCUUGAGCAGGGGCACCUUGCGGGCGCUGCAGGAUUUCAGUCCUUCACGGUGUAGUGUGUUACCAAUUGUUUUCUUGGUGACUAUGGUCCCAGCUGCCUUGAGAUCAUGGACAAGAUCCUCCUGUGUAGUUCUGGGCUGAUUCCUCACCGUUCUCAUGAUCAUUGCAACUCCACGAGGUGAGAUCUUGCAUGGAGCCCCAGGCCGAGGGAGAUUGACAGUUCUUUUGUGUUUCUUCCAUUUGCAAAUAAUCGCACCAACUUUUGUCACCUUCUCACCAAGCUGCUUGGCGAUGGUCUGGUAGCCCAUUCCAGCCUUGUUUAGGUCUACAAUCUUGUCCCUGACAUCCUUGGAGAGCUUUUUGGUCUUGGCCAUGGUGGAGAGUUUGGAAUCUGAUUGAUUGAUUGCUUCUGUGGACAGGUGUCUUUUAUAGAGGUAACAAGCUGAGAUUAGGAGCACUCCCUUUAAGAGUGUGCUCCAAAUCUCAGCUCGUUACCUCUAUAAAAGACACCUGGGAGCCAGAAAUCUUUCUGAUUGAGAGGGGGUCAAAUACUUAUUUCCCUCAUUAAAAUGCAAAUCAAUUUAUAACAUUUUUUACAUGCGUUUUUCUGGAUUUUUUUGUUGUAAUUCUGUCUCUCACUGUUCAAAUAAACCUACCAUUAAAAUUAUAGACUGAUCAUUUCUUUGUCAGUGGGCAAACGUACAAAAUCAGCAUGGGAUCAAAUACUUUUUUCCCUCACUGUAUGUUGGGUCAUUGUCCUGUUGAAAAACAAAUGAUAGUCCCACUAAGCGCAAACCAGAUGGGAUGGCGUAUCACUGCAGAAUGCUGUGGUAGCCAUGCUGGUUAAGUGGGCCUUGAAUUCUAAAUAAAUCACCUACAGUGUCACCAGCAAAGCACCAUCACACCUCCUCCUCCGUGCUUCACGGUGGGAACCACACAUGUGGAGAUCAUCCGUUCAUCUACUCUGCGUCUCACAAAGACACAGCGGUUGGAACCAAAAAUCUCAAAUUUGGACUCAUCAGACCAAAGGACACAUUUCCACCGGUCUAAUGUCCAUUGCUCGUGUUUCUUGGCCCAAGCAAUUCUCUUCUUCUUAUUAGUAGGCUACAGUGGAAUCAUAUUAUUUGCUCCCUCUUUCUAUAUUGUUUCUUCACCUCUAUCUCUCUCUCACUUAUUCUCUCUCUUUCAAAAACACAGACAAAAAGUCACACACUCUAAGAAAAAUCACACACUAAGAAAAGUCACACACUCUAAGAAAAGUCACACGCUCUAAGAAAAGUAUUUUUGACUGUAAUAGAACGAAAACAGUCAUAUAGAAAUAACAACAUCUAUGGGUGGGUAAACCCUGUGUGCUUUGUGCUCCCACCUGGCUGCAGGUUAGCAGGUCGCCAGGUAGGCAUUUAACAAGCCCUCCACAGGGCUGUCUGCCCCACUUAACACCUGACAUACCCCCUCCAUGCCGACCUCUGACCCCCGACCCGAGUGACAGCCGAGGAGACAUCUCUUAGAUACUUUCCUUUCUCUGCACCCUCUUAUUUUCUUCUCGUCCGCUCGGUGAGUGCUGCAGAGUGAGACAAGGUGAAAGGUAUCCCACCGGUUUUGAGAGGGGGGCCACACAGGUGUUCAUGCCUCCACACCUCUCAAGUUCAAAAGACUCCUUAGCAACCAGGGUAACAGUCAAACAAUGUCCCUCCCCCACCUCUCUCUAACUCCCUGAGGGACAGUGUCCUCUGUUUUACUGUCAGCCUAGGGAGGAAGAGAAUAGAGUAGUGUGCUUUAAAAUGAAUGAUUCAUGUGUACAAUGUUGUAUACCCUUAUGCUCUAUCUAUGCUCUAUCUCAGUCGCUGACAAUGGACAUACAUACAGCAAAAACCUGCACAUACAGUACAUUAGAAUAAUACCUUGUGAUAUCACUUAUCAUAUCUUACACACAGAUCUCAAAAAAUCUCUCAGGCACAAAUAUGUGAGGAAUAUGAAAACAAACCAGAGGACAGACAGGUUCAUGCUUAUCCCCCUGUAUCACAUUGGUCCCACAGCUAAGAUCUUAAUUUUUUUCUCGAACCCGUCCACAUUUCCCGGCUCCUGUAGGUUUAUGGGUUCCCCAAAAAUGGGAGCCGGUCCAAGCAUUACUAGUAACAUUAGUGUCAGUAAUUUAAUGCUCAGGUGUGAAUGGAUUCUCAAACAAGCCGGGGAGGCCCCCGGCGAGGCCUGCGUCGGACCGCCAGGGCUAGCGGCAGGUUUAAAUAAAUACGCUGCUGAGCAGACAUGUCGGCAGCUGGGGCCCGAUAUUGCCGCUGCUGUUUGUGUUGUGGCUUUGCUGCGGCGCUGAGGAGAGAGAGCUGAGGAGAGAGAGCUGAGGAGAGAGAGCGGAGGAGAGAGAGAGCGGAGGAGAGAGAGAGCGGAGGAGAGAGAGAGCGGAGGAGAGAGAGAGCGGAGGAGAGAGAGAGCGGAGGAGAGAGAGAGCGGAGGAGAGAGAGCUGAGGGGAGGGAGAGCUGAGGAGAGAGAGCUGAGGAGGGAGAGCUGAGGAGAGCCCAGUGGCCUUCUCCUACCAUGUUUCCUGGGAGAAGUGAGGAUAAAAACCUAAGGAGAGAAAUAAGUGGAACCUGAAAACUAGACUGUGCCAUGUGAAGCUGCAUGUGUGUGGGCAGCUUAUGAGAUCUAAUGGUUUCUGUGUCAAUGUUAUCAUUUAGUGCAGCUCUCGUGAAUUCCCUCCCUCAAGCCAACCCAUGAUAUUUGCUGUGAUUUUUAAUGCAGUUGUAUAACCCUCUUCCCUUGAUCAGUCACUGACCAUAUGUGUAUAUGACAUGUCAUUAGGGCUGGGCGAUAUAAAACAAUUAAUUGGAUUAAUUCGAAUGUAGGUUUUUUCACGAUAUUUCAAAUGCCUGAACGAUAGCAAGAAUCAAAUGUAUUUAUAUUUUUCGUUUUUAUGAUCGUUUAUGUCCGCUUGUUCUCAUGGUGUCUUUUGGUCUCGUCUCCUUCGCUCCUUCUGCUGUGACUGUGCACCUUCCCAUUUACACACACCAAGCCCCUCCCCCACACACCAAGCCCCUCCCACAGACUUUGAUACCAACUUUCUAGUCUGUGUUUUGUAAAUGUGCAUUACGCAUAAAACACAAUUAUAUAAGGAAUUGGCAACUCAUUCUCAUUCUGAGAAUUAAGGUAGGCCACUUGAUUUCAACAUCUGAACAAAGUGGACAGGCUAGCAUGCUGUUCAAACAGUUGGAGACGGACAGAAGGGUGUGUUCAUGACAGUUAAACUGUUCUACCUUGUUAGCUAGCAAAUACUGUAGAUCCAUGCUGGCUAAACUUGAAAUAUUAAGAUUAGCUGGCUACUCCCUAGCAUUUGGGCUUGUGCUUGAGAGAUUGUUUGAGACCUGUGUUAAUUUUCCAUAAUACCUGCUACAAGAAGUUAGUUAUUAUUAGUGAAUGUGCAUUAUGCAUUGUUCUGGUUAAAUUUGUAACAAAAAAGGCAUUUUCAUAGACAGACUUGAAAGCCAGAUCAGUGAUUAUUGCAACAAAAAAAAGCAGGUUAAACUAUUUAGAUAUAAUGAUUAAAUUAUUAGUGGGUCUUAUGGUUGUGGAAGGCUUAUAUUUAGCCUAGGUUUAAUUUCACAAACCCUGAAUAAUUAGAUUAUUGCUGACUGUUUGAAAUGCUGUGUAUUUUACCUUUCAUUUUACAACAAAGCUAAUUAAUCAAGAUAUAUACAGUACCAGUCAAAAGUUUGGACACACCUACUCAUUCCAGGGUUUUUCUUUAUUUUUACUAUUUCCUACAUUGUAGAAAAACUAUGAAAUAACACAUGGAAUCAUGUAGUAACCAAAAAAGUGUUAAACAAAUCAGAAUAUAUGUUAUAUUUGAGAUUCUUCAAAUAGCCACCCUUUGCAUUGAUGACAGCUUUGCACACUCUUGGCAUUCUCUCAACCAGCUUCACCUGGAAUGCUUUUCCAACAAUCUUGAAGGAGUUCCCACAUAUGCUGAGCACUUGUUGGCUGCUUUUCCUUCACUCUGCGGUCCGACUCAUCCCAAACCAUUUCUAUUUGGUUGAGGUCGAGGGAUUGUGGAGGCCAGGUCAUCUGAUGCAGCACUCUAUCACCCUCCUUCUUCGUAAAAUAGCCCUUACACAGCCUGGAGGUGUGUUGGGUCAUUGUCCUGAUGAAAAAGAAAUGAUAGUCCCACUAAGCCCAAACCAGAUGGGAUGGCAUAUCGCUGCAGAAUGCUGUGGUAGCCAUGCUGGUUAAGUGUGCCUUGAAUUCUAAAUAAAUCACAGACAGUGACACCAGCAAAGCACCCUCACACCAUAACACCUUCUCCAUGUUUAACGGUGGGAAAUACACAGACAAAGAUCAUCUGUUCACCCACACCGUGUCUCACAAAGACACAGCGUUUGGAACCAAAAAUCUCAAAUUUGGACUCCAGACCAAAGGACACAUUUCCACCGGUCUAAUGUCCAUUGCUUGUGUUUCUUGGCCCAAGCAGGUCUUUUCUUCUUAUUGGUGUUCUUUAGUAGUGGUUUCUUUGCAGCAAUUCGACAAUGAAGGCCUGAUUCACGCAGUCUCCUCUGAAUAGUUGAUGUUGAGAUGUGUCUGUUACUUGAACUCUGUGAAGCAUUUAUUUGGGCUGCAAUUUCUGAGGCUGGUAACUCUAAUGAACUUAUCCUCUGCAACAGAGGUAACUCUGGGUCUUCCAUUCCUGUUGCGGUCCUCAUAAGGCCAGUUUCAUCAUAGCGCUUGAUGGUUUUUGCGACUGCACUUGAAGAAACUUUCAAAGUUCUUGAAAUGUUCCAUAUUGACUGACCUUCAUGUCUUAAAGUAAUGAUGGACUGUCGUUUCUCUUUGCUUAUUUGAGCUGUUCUUGCCAUAAUAUGGACUUGGUCUUUUACCAAAUAGGGCUAUCUUCUGUAUACCCCCCUACCUUGUCACAACACAACUGAUUGGCUCAAACGCAUUAAGAAGGAAAGUAAUUCCACAAAUUAACUUUUAAGAAGGCACACCUGUUAAUUGAAAUGCAUUCCAGGUGACUACCUCAUGAAGCUGGUUGAGAGAAUGCCAAGAGUGUGCAAAGCUGUCAUCAAGGCAAAGGGUGGCUACUUUGAAGAAUCUCAAAUAUAAAAUAUAUUUUGAUUUGUUUAACACUUUUUUGGUUACUACAUAAUUCCAUAUGUUAUUUCAUAGUUUUGAUGUCUUCACUAUUAUUCUACAAUGUAGAAAAUAGUAAAAAAAUAAAGAAAAACCCUUGAAUGAGUAGGUGUGUCCAAACUUUUGACUGGUGCUGUAUGUUUUUUUAAAUGCUGAGGGUGCGGUAAUGGUCCAUUCACUCUGUGAUGUUAACUCCCUGUACAGAGAGAAGGCGGCAGACCUCUUCCCUCAGCCUGGAAGCUCAGGAUCCCAGGGCCAAAGAGGCUCUCAAGGAAAAGAAGGUUCUUGAGAAGAAGAUGGCCCUCAGUAGGAAGAGGAAGUGGGACUCACGGUGUGUGUGUGUUUGUAAUUGUGUGGACCUGUGGAUGCUUGAGUUUGUGAGUUACUGGAUACAUGGCCAUGUCACUAAAGUCAUUUACAUUUUUCAGGAACGAGGGAGAUGUUACAGGCAAGAGAAAGGGAGAUGCAGCAGGAGAGUUCAACAAAAAGGAAGUAAGUGUUGAAUGAAAAUCCAAACGUGACUGUAUGCUCACCUUGGCCAUUGGUUUAAUGAAUUAAAUGUUGUUUAUUGAAUUAAAUAAAUAACUUAUUUUAGAAUUGUAUGCUAAUGUAUUGCUCUGCUACCUCACAAACAGGAAGCAAAGGGUAUUUCCUCAAAGAGCUUGCAGCCCAAGUCAAUCACAAAAGUCUCUGAGUCUGCAGCAUCAGAAGAGAGGCACAGGAGGAAGAGUGUUAGCACUUCUGAGGAAUCUGGAGAACCUAGAAAGCUGACAGACAAAAGCCGGACACAUUCCUUUAUCCUGGACUUGGAGCAGGGGUCUGAGUCGCCACUCAAGCAGCGACCUGCUGGAAAGUUUGACCGGCUUUCCCGCAAGGAGUUAAACCCUAAAGAGCGCAAAGAGAAAGAGUGUAGCCUGUCGGACGAGCGCACCAAGCUUAAGCAAAAGUUGGAGAAGAGAGUAGGAGGUGAAUCCCUCACAGAUGAACCUGAGCAGAAUGAAGGGGCCCACAUUGAAGUAUCCUCUGAUGACAAAGGGGAGAGAAAGUCCAAGGUCAAAGGUGACAAGAAAGUGUCAGUGAAUGCCAGGGAAGGUAGGGCGUCUGUGUCAGAAGGAGGUGCCUCUGACGAGGGGGCUAGCAGGGAAGCCACAACCAAGAAGGGGAAGGUUCUAUCAGUUGAAGCUGCCAAAGUUGAGAAGGAAAAGAACAGGGAAAAUGAGAAGGAAAGGGAGAAAGAUAAGGAGAGGGAAAAGACUAAAGGAGAGAAGAUUCCAGUAAAAAGUGACCCCAGGCAGUUACUCCGCCCGGAUUCCACCGGCUCUUCUGAGGAAAGGUCUGACAUGGAGCCUGGAUCAGAAACCAUCAAGAAAAAGGAUAAACACCCCAAAGAAGUCCUCAAGAGGUCAAAGAGCCACACAGAGGACAAGCAUGUAGAAAAACCCAAGUCUAAGCCCGACAGUGAGAAGGAGAAACCCAGAACAGAACAUGUUACUCAGGAAAACCAGAAACCAAGUAAGUCCAGCUCUGAAACUGACAAAGAUUCCAGAAAGUCCAGGGAGACAGAGCCUGGAAUGAAGGUAAAGGUCAUGGAAAAGUCCAGAUCCAAGUCAAGGGAGGAUAAGAAAGCUCAAGGUUUGGAGGUCAAAAACAAAGGUGGCACAUCCGGCAGUAGACCUGACGCCUCAAAGGAAAGAAAAAGAGAGGGAAGCGUGAAGGAGCAAAGGAAGGACACUGAGGAAAACCCACCAGAAAAAACGGAAGGCAAGAGUGGGAAGGAAAUGGUUGAGAAAAAGGUUCAAAACCCAGAGAAGAAGAAAGAGACCCAGGAUGAGAGAAAAGGACGUAAAGCAGAUGAAAAAUCAGAUAAGUCAUCAAGGUCCUCAACCUCCUCAAUCUCCUCACCUGUUCCAGAUAUUACAGAACCUCCUCUGAAGAAAGGCCCUCAAUCCAAAGACACAAGCACAGACUGGGAUGCCACCGAUGCCACCAUUACCACCUCUGCCUCUGUUACCUAUGAUGCUUUGAGUGACGUCACCCCUGAACUGGAGGAUGAUGACAGUGAAAUGCCACUCAGGGAGGUGGAACCACGUCCUUUGACAACUGGGGCAGAUGCUCUUCUGACUUUGAUGGACAUCUGUACCUCAGCAGAUGCAAGACUAGGCCAAGGAAGUGACAUCACUGGGACCAUGCAGCGAGACGCCUGCCCAGAGCUCUCCUUCCAAGAAGCGGACAUAAAGAUGAAAGAGGCAGCUCUGACCCUGCUCUCCAUGGACCCUGAGAGUAUACUAUCUCCUAGCUUAGUCACUCCAGCUGCACAAGAAGCCACAGAGGUGACCACACCUGCUCUGCAGCAGAAGGAAACUACUACACCUGUUGCAAAAGAUCAGGAAGAUUCUGAGCAUGUUCUGGAAAUGGACGAAAGUGACCUAACAGCUACUGCCUCGUCAUCAGAGAAAAUGGAUGAACAUUCAAGGAGCCAAGGUAAUGUGUCUUGUGAAAACAGUUAUCUGGUCAGUUCUUCUUUUAGUAUCACAAGCCAAUGGAGAGUUUUUGGAGUACUUAUUGUUAGUUACAUUACAGUCCAUGUUCUCUCCACAGAUGUUCUCGCCACAGAUGUUCUCGCCACAGAUGUUCCUGGCACAGAGGUGAAAGAUACGGAGGUGUCAACAUGGACAUUAGUUGAAGGGAUGUCACAGGUGAGAAUGGUGUUUCUAUUUCAUUCUAGUUCUAUAAUAUAAAUAUCAGUUAAAUGUUACUCAGACUUUGAGAGCAUCUAACUUUGUUCCAACUCUUUCAAAGGAAAAAAAAGCUACUGUUGACAUAGAUGAGGAAAACCCAGGCCAUGCUGUUGUUCCUAAGCAAGAGCCUGUAUUGGGACCAUCAUUCGACAAACAAGGUAGAGUGCAUUCGGAAUGUAUUCAGACCCCUUGACUUUUUCCACAUUUUGUUACAUUACAGCCUUAUUCUAAAAUUGAUUAAAUUGUUGUUUUCCGUCAUCAAUCUACACACAAUACCCCAUAAUGACGAAGAAAAAACAGGUUUUUAGAAAUUUCUCCAAAUGUAUUACAAAUAAAAAUAACUUAUAUCACAUAUACUUAAGUAUUCAGACCCUUUACUCAGUACUUUGUUGAAGCACGUUUGGCAGCGAUUACAGCCUCGAGUCUUCUUGGGUAUGACGCUACAAGCUUGGCACACCUGUAGCUCAGUUGGUAGAGCAUGGCGCUUGCAAUGCCAGGGUUGUGGGUUCGAUUCCCACGGGGGGCCAGUAUGAAAAAUGUAUGCACUCACUAACUGUAAGUCGCUCUGGAUAAGAGCGUCUGCUAAAUGACUAAUGUAAAUGUAAAUAUUUGGGGAGGUUCUCCCAUUCUUCUCUGCAGAUCCUCUCAAGCUCUGUCAGGUUGGAUGGGGAGCGUCGCUGCACAGCUAUUUUCAGGUCUUUCCAGAGAUGUUUGAUCGGGUUCAAGUCCGGGCUCUGGCUGGGCCACUCAAGGACAUUCAGAGACUUGUCCCAAAGCCACUGUGCUUAAGGUCGUUGUUCUGUUGGAAGUUGAACCGCUCCAGUCUGAGGUCCUGAGCGCUCUGGAGCAGGUUUUCAUCAAGGAUCUCUCUGUACUUUGCUCCGUUCAUCUUUCCCUCGAUCCUGACUAGUGUCCCAGUCCCUGCAGCUGAAAAACAUCCCAACAACAUGAUGCAGCCACCACCAUGCUUCACCGUAGGGAUGGUGCCAGGUUUCCUCCAGACGUGACGCUUGGCAUUCAGGCUAAAGAGUUCAAUCUUGGUUUCAUCAGACCAGAGAAUCUUGUUUCUCGUGGUCUGAGAGUCCUUUAGGUGCCUUUUGGCAAACUCCAAGCGGGCUGUCACGUGCCUUUUACUGAGGAGUGGCUUCCGUCUGGCCACUCUACCAUAAAGGACUGAUUGGUGGAGUGCUGCAGAGAUGGUUGUCCUUCUGGAAGGUUCUCCCCUCAUCUCCACAGAGUAAGCUGAAGCUCUGUCAGAGUGACUUGGUCACCUCCCUGACCAAGACCCUUCUCCCCCUAUUGCUCAGUUUGGCCGGGCGGCCAGCUCUAGAAAGAGUCUUGGUGGUUCCAAACUUCUUCCAUUUAAGAGCGAUGGAGGCCACUGUGUUCUUGGGGACCUUCAAUGCUGCAGAAAUGUUUUGGUACCCUUUCCCAGAUCUGUGCCUUGACACAAUCCUGUCUCAGAGCUCUACGGACAAUUCCUUUGACCUCAUGGCUUGGUUUUUGCUCUGACAUGCACUGUCAACCAUGGGACCUUAUAUAGACAGGUGUGUGCCUUUCCAAAUCAUGUCCAGUCAAUUGAAUUUACCACAGGUGGAAACGUCUCAAGGAUGAUCAAUGGAAACAGGAUGCAUCUGAGCUGAAUUUUGAGUCUCAUAGCAAAGGGUCUGUAUACUUAUGUAAAGAAGGCAUUUCUGUUUUUAAUUUUUUAUAAAUUUGCAAAAAUGUUGAAAUAGCAGUUUUCGCUUUGUCAUUAUGGGGUAUUUGUAUUUCUAUUUAUUAUGGAUCCCCAUUAGCUGCUGCCAAGGCAGCAGCUACUCUUCCUGGGUCCAGCAAAUUUCAGGCAGUUCAUAUUGUGUGUAGAUUGAUGAGGAAAAACAUUAAUUUAAUCAAUUUUAGAAUAAGUCUGUAACGUAACAAAAUGAGGAAAAAGGGAUGUGGUCUGAAUACUUUCCGAAUGCACUGCUAAGUUUCCAGAUUUUCCUGCAUUUUGGGGGUUUUUCAGUUCCUCCCAAAAAAUAAAGUUUGUGCUCUCUGUUAGUUUUUUUUGUGUCUAAAUUUGCUAAUCUAUGUUUUUGCUUAGAUGAGACUCAGCCUGAGAAAACAGAACUGCUGGCCAUGGAACAUGAGUGUCAGGUCAAGACGGACAUUGAUAACAUUAGUAAGUCAUGCACAACUGCAAUAGUAUUCAAAUACCGGUCCUUAAUAUUCUUUGACAAAACAUUAUCUUGCUCUUUCCAUGACAUUAACUGAUCAGGUGAAUCCAGGUGAAAGCUAUGAUCCCUUAUUGAUGUCACUUGUUAAAUCCACUUCAAUCAGUGUAGAUGAAGGGGAGGAGACAGGUCAAAUAAGGAUUGUUAAGCCUUGAGACAAUUGAGACAUGGAUUGUGUAUGUGUGCCAUUCAGAGGAUGGAUGGGCAAGACAAAAGAUUUAAGUGCCUUUGAACAGGGUAUGGUAGUAGGGGCCAGGCGCACCGGUUUGAGUGUGUGAAGAACUGCAACGCUGCUGGGUUUUUCACGCUCAACAGUUUCCCGUGUAUAUCAAGAAUGGUCCACCACCCAAAGGACAUCCAGCCAACUUGACACAACUGUGGGAAGCAUUGGAGUCAACAUGGGUCAGUAUCCCUGUGGAAUGCUUUCAACACCUUGUAGAGUCCAUGCCCCGAUGAAUUGAGGCUCUUCUGAGGGCCAAAGGGGGUGCAACUCAAUAUUAGGAAGGUGUUCAUAAUGUUUUGUACACUCAGUGUAUAUUCUUCUUAUAGAAAUAUGAUAAUAAUAAUUGAUUGGAUAUAUAUAGUGCUUUUCUACCAACUGAGAUGCUCAAAGUGCUUUACAUAGUAGGGGGAAACUCACCUCAUCCACCACCAAUGUGUAGCACCCACAGCGACCAUGUUUGUGCCAUAACGCUCACCACACAUCAGCUAUCAGGUGGAGAGUGAUAUAUGCCAAUGAGGGGGAUGAUUAGGUGGCCAUGAUGGAAUUGGACCAGGUUGGGAAUUUAGCCAUGACACUGGGGUUAACACUGGGGUCUUACAAUAAGUGCCAUGGAAUUUUUUAUGACCACAGAGUCAGGACACUUCCCAUCCGAAAGACGGCACCCUACGCAGGGCAAUGUCCCAUUCACUGCCCUGGGGUAUUGGGAUCUCCUUAGACCAGAGGAAAGAGUGCCCCCUACUGGCCCUCCAACACUACUUCCAGCAGCAUCUGGUCCAUCCAGGGACCAACCAGGACUGACCCUGCUUAGCUUCAGAAGCAAGCAAGCGGUGGGAUGCAGGGUGGUACCUCAUUUAACCUAAUUUGGUAUAGAAGGGGGACUGACUGUGUUUUGCUAACAGUUCCAACCCCCACAACCAAACCAACUGUAAAAAACAAAAAAACAAGUGCUUUUAAUAUCCAAGCUUAUGUAUAGAUUUUAGACCUGAAUGCCAAUGCACUUUCAUAACCCCGUUGCAUAUAGUUUUGACUUUGUGUAACUCCAGUCCUCAAAAGACUGUUUAAAAGGUGAUCUCUCCUCCUUCCACUCUCAGAUAAAGACCAGACUGAAGCACAACAGGAAAGGGGAGCCCCUGAGUCGGUAAGUACUCACUCUUGGCAGUUUAGCACACAUGUUUUGCAAGAGCACCAUGGUCUUUUCUGGUUUCAUUUUGUGAACACUUAAGUAACUUACUGCUUUCCUCUGUUGACCUGUAUAUGUGUAUUUCAGGUGAAGUCUGACACACCUGAAAAACCAAGGGAGACUCGACGUGGUCGGCAGUCAAAGCUGGUCAAACAAGCCAGUGAGUCUCUGAGCUUUAUUUCUACAGCUGUUUUUGUGUCAUGCUGUUCUUCUUUGAUCUUUACUUGUUUGUUUUUUUUCCUUCACUUUUUUGUGUCGUCUCUCUUUCUGUUUAUAUGUCUGAGGAACAGCUUUGAUGUUGAUUGUUUGUUGCAGGCAAUGCAUCCAAGUCAGACAGACAAGAGGACGAGAAAGAAUCCGACCUGUCUGAAAUGGUAAUUAUCUGCCCUCUAUGACCGAGUGUAACAUUUUAUCUUAUGGCAGCACAUAAUCUUUAUUUAGGAAAAAUACAUGCUCUGAAUUUGUUUGGAACCUUGUUCCUUGUUCAGGAGGACAAAAUGGAGGGAAGAGUAAUCCGCAAAGGAAGGCUGUCCGGUCAGAAAGCUACCACAGCCAAAGACUCCGGUACAUUCAUUUAGAUAAAUCGGUGUUAACAACUGAAGAAUGAAUAUAAUUAAUGUUUUGGUAUUCUUUUAUAACUCGUUCACGUGACAUUUGGCCAGCUUCUCAUCAUCUCAGAUUGUGAAGUCCAUCAGAGUUUGUAAAUCUUGUGUCCUAUCUGCAAUUUAUCAGGUACGGAGAAAAAUGAAAAGGACAGUCGAGAGCAGCAGUCCAAGCUGUCUGUGGACGUGAGUAAAGUAAGUACCUAUCAGUACUUGCAUUUGGUAGUAAAAAUGCCACUGCCUAUGGGUCACUGCUAAAACAAUGGAAACACUUGAGUAAAUGAGGGAUAUAAAGUAUAUUGAAAGCAGGUGCUUCCACACAGGUGUGGUUCCUGAGUUAAUUAAGGAAUUAACACUGCAUCAUGCUUAGGGUCAUGUAUAAAAAUGCUGGGCAGGCCAUUAUUUUGGCCACCAUGGCUAUGCCCCCAUAGGAUGACAAUGCCCCCAUCCACAGGGCACGAGCGGUCACUGAAUGGUUUGAUGAGCAUGAAAACGAUGUAAACCAUAUGCCAUGGCCAUCUCAGUCACCAGAUCUCAACCCAAUUGAACACUUAUGGGAGAUCCUAGAGCGGCGCCUGAGACAGCAUUUUCUACCACCAUCAACAAAACACCAAAUGAUGGAAUUUCUUGUGGAGGAACGGUGUUGCAUCCCUCCAAUAGAGUUCCAGACACUUGUAGAAUAUAUGCCAAGGUGUAUUGAAGCUGUUCUGAUGGUCCAACGCCCUAUUAAGACACUUUAUGUUGGUGUUUAAUUUAUUUUGGCAGUUAUCUGAAUAAGUGCAUGCAUUAUGUAAUGUUAUAUUGCCCUAAUAUCCUUGCUCAUAUGGUUUGCUAUUGUAGGACAAUGAGGGAGAAAAGGCCACAGAAUCCAGAACGCCACGCAGAGGACGCUCAUCUAAAACCUCGGCGGAUGAGGAGGAACUUAAAGAGGUUAUAUCAUCCUUCACUGCUCACGCCCCUUCUACCUGUGUGGAUUGUAUGUUGAUGAGGUAUGUGAGUUGAGGCUGUGAGGUAACCAUGUUGGAUGUUGUUCUCUAUACAGCCUGAGAAAGUGGAGGAGACCCCGCCUCGCAGAGGCAGACGGUCAGGUGCCCAGGCCAAAGACUCCACCACAGGUAAGAGGUUCCACCACAGCCAUUUGGAAAUUCAACAGCUAAAUGCUUCCAUAGUCCCACUCUGUGCUAGGCCUAUUUAGUACCUCCAAUCUCUCGUUUCUGAUAGUGAGAUGGGUGAUAACUAAGAUGCAUGCCAAGUUCAUCAUCUUCUUCCUGUGUGCCCCUCAAUUAUUCCAUUGUUACAUUCUUAGUCAUUAUCAACACAUUUCACACCAAAUAAACGUAUUACUUCCCUACACAGGAAACCAGGAGAAAGAAGAGGAAGAGAGAGCAGGAGAGACAUCAGCGGAAAAGGAGAAACAGGAGGUAAGUUCAGUAGACAUGAUCAGUUUGAUUAAAGUUUGGCAUAGACCUUCAUCCAUUCAGCAGGUGGGGCGGUCUCAUUCAGCAGGUGGGGCGGUCUCAUUCAGCAGGGGGGGGCGGUCUCAUUCAGCAGGGGGGGCGGUCCCAUUCAGAGUGAUUGAAACAUGAGGGGAGCAGGUCAACAUCAACUAUCUAUAUGGCCACACAGAUCACUUGUUAACAGCUGAUUGACUCAGUAAUUCAGAUAAGGGCUCUGUUUGUUUUUUGGUUGUUGUAUCAGAUUCAUCCCCCUCUUCAAAAAGACCAGGAGGAGAAGAGUGAGCAGAAGAGAGGCAGUCGACGGGGAAGACCAGCUAAACCUCCAAUCUCCAAGCCAGAGACUAAAGAAGAUGCAGAAAGCUCUGAUUCCAAGGAGACCACUGAUUCUCGUGAGUUUCAAACUCUUUUUUUUAUUUUUAUUUUUUACUUUAUUCAAUCCACAAUAUAAUCUUAAUGCAAGAUCCAAAUACUUUUAUGAUGCAUGAUUGGAUGUUAAAAGUGAUUGUCUGUCAACAACUAUGAAAAGCUAUCAUUGUCAAUGCACUUUCUAAGUGCACGGAGGGGAGUUAAUACAGAACUCAGGAAAGCUUGGUCUGGCAUUUGUUACAGUAACGGUCUCUUUCUCUUAGGCAAACCUGCAGUGAAGAGGAAGAGGCCUGAGGAAUCAGGGGAGGUGAGGCCAUUUUGCUUCAUUGACCUACAAGGUUUACUGAGCCAUGGCCUGGUUCCUCUUUGAUCCCCAGUCUCUACCCCUGCAGACCUCAUAUCUGGAAGGGCUGGAUACAUGAGUUAUAUGGGAAAUGCUCCAUGUAGCUUAUUGGAGGGCUAGGUGCAGCCAUCACCUUAUUGCUUACACUUAUCCAGUCCAUUUUAGAUCUAUGAACACAGAGGAGCUGGCUAGAGGAAGGCCCCUGAGAAUAAAAUGGAACCGUUUGUCUUUCACUAGCAAUUUGUCCUCCCAUUGACAGAGAGGUGUGUGUUUUUAAAGUGAGCUUUGAUUCUGUUGAAGGGGAGCCAGCCUGAGGAGGUGGAGGAGACCCAGCCUGAGGAGGUGGAGGAGACCCAGCCUGAGGAGGUGGAGGAGACCCAGCCUGAGGCGGUGGAGGAGACCCAGCCUGAGGCGGUGGAGGAGACCCAGCCUGAGGAGGUGGAGGAGACCCAGCCUGAGGAGGUGGAGGAGACCCGGCCUGAGGAGGUGGAGGAGACCAGGCCUGAGGAGGAGGAGGAGGAGACCAGGCCUGAGGAGGAGGAGGAGACCAGGCCUGAGGAGGAGGAGGAGACCAGGCCUGAGGAGGAGGAGGAGACCCAGCCUGAGGAGGAGGAGAAGGAGACCCAGCCUGAGGAGGAGGAGAAGGAGACCCAGCCUGAGGAGGAGGAGGAGGAGGAGACCCAGCCUGAGGAGGAGGAGGAGGAGGAGACCCAGCCUGAGGAGAUGGAGGAGGAGGAGACCCAGCCUGAGGAGGAGGGGAGGAGGAGGAGACCCAGCCUGAGGAGGAGGAGGAGGAGGAGGAGAACCAGCCUGAGGAGGAGGAGGAGGAGGAGGAGACCCAGCCUGAUGAGAUGGAGAGCCAGGAAAGUGACCUGAAGGAACAAGAGGAGAAACAACCUGGAGAGGAUAGCGGUGAGAAGAGAUGCAAUGCGUUUACUUCCACACACUGUGGUCCAUUAACUCAUGCCAUGUCAUUUUUUUCAACUUCUUCUCUCUCCCUUUCUUCUUCUCUUUUUCAGUGAGCCGGUGUGACGACCAGGAGGGGAGAAAACAGGGCUCCAGUGACAACAAAACAGAUGAGGUAUGUAGAGAACAUGCACAGUCAAACUGAUUUUAGAUAAAUACUAAUAUACAUAGAAUACUAAUAUACAUAAUAUAUAUAUAUAUAUUUUAACACUACAGUGGGGAAAAAAGUAUUUGAUACACUGCCGAUUUUGCAGUUUUCCUACUUAAAAAGCAUGUAGAGGUCUGUAAUUUUAUUCAUAGGUACACUUCAACUGUGAGAGACGGAAUCUAAAACAAAAAUCCAGAAAAUCACAUUGUAUGAUUUUUAAAUAAUUAAUUUGCGUUUUAUUGCAUAAACAUAAGUAUUUGAUCACCUACCAACCAGUAAGAAUUCCGUCUCUCACAGACCUGUUAGUUUUUCUUUAAGAAGCCCUCCUGUUCUCCACUCAUUACCUGUAUUAACUGCACCUGUUGAACUCGUUACCUCUAUAAAAUACACCUGUCCACACACUCAAUCAAACAGACUCCAACCUCUCCACAAUGGACAAGACCAGAGAGCUGUGUAAGGACAUCAGGGAUAAAAUUGUAGACCUGCACAAGGCUGGGAUGGGCUACAGGACAAUAGGGAAGCAGCUUGGUGAGAAGGCAAAAAACUGUUGGCGCAAUUAUUAGAAAAUGGAAGAAGUUCAAGAUGACGGUCAAUCACCCUCGGUCUGGGGCUCCAUGCAAAGAUCUUCACCUCGUGGGGCAUCAAUGAUCAUGAGGAAGGUGAGGGAUCAGCCCAGAACUACACGGCAGGACCUAGUCAAUGACCUGAAGAGAGCUGGGACCACAGUCUCAAAAGAAAACCAUUAGUUAAACACACUACGCCGUCAUGGAUUAAAAUCCUGCAGCGCACGCAAGGUCCCCCUGCUCAAGCCAGCGCAUGUCCAGGCCCGUCUGAAGUUGCCAAUGACCAUCUGGAUGAUCCAGAGGAGGAAUGGGAGAAGGUCAUGUGGUCUGAUGAGACAAAAAUAGAGCUUUUUGGUCUAAACUCCACUCGCCGUGUUUGGAGGGAAGAAGAAGGAUGAGUACAACCCCAAGAACACCAUCCCAACCGUGAAGCAUGGAGGUGGAAACAUAAUUAUUUGGGGAUGCUUUUCUGCAAAGGGGACAGGACGACUGCACCAUAUUGAGGGGAGGAUGGAUGGGGCCAUGUAUCGCGAGAUCUUGGCCAACAACCUCCUUCCCUCAGUAAGAGCAUUGAAGAUGGGUCGUGGCUGGGUCUUCCAGCAUGACAACGACCCGAAACACACAGCCAGGGCAACUAAGGAGUGGCUCCGUAAGAAGCAUAUCAAGGUCCUGGAGUGGUCUAGCCAGUCUCCAGACCUGAAACCCAAUAAAACAUCUUUGGAGGGAGCUGAAAGUCCGUAUUGCCCAGCGACAGCCCCGAAACCUGAAGGAUCUGGAGAAGGUCUGUAUGGAGGAGUGGGCCUAAAUCCCUGCUGCAGUGUGUGCAAACCUGGUCAAGACCUACAGGAAACGUAUGAUCUCUGUAAUUGCAAACAAAGGUUUCUGUACCAAAUAUUAAGUUCUGCUUUUCUGAUGUAUCAAAUACUUAUGUCAUGCAAUACAAUGCAAAUGAAUUACUUAAAAAUCAUACAAUGUGAUUUUCUGGAUUUUUAAAAAUUACAGACUCUACAUGCUUUGUAAGUAGGAAACCUGCAAAAUCGGCAGUGUAUCAAAUACUUGUUCUCCCCACUGUAUAUAUUUGCGAGAUAAAAAAAACAUAUGGGGGGAUGGAAGUGAUGCAGACAAUUACAUUGGAAGUACAAUCUAUCUGAAAAAAAUAAAGCUGAUCUACCCCUUAAAAGAAUAUAUAAAAAUUAAUAAAAAUUAUACCUAAUCUUUUAAGGUACAGAGGAAAGGAACACCAGCUGAUAUAUGGAUGGUUCUUGGAUGAAUCAGCAUUCUUUGAGGAGGAACAAAAGAGGAUGAGGACACCCAGCUCUAGGACAUUCAAUGCAUCUAGCAACCUUCAGACGGGCCUGAGGACAGUAUGACUUAAGCAGGGGGACACGUUGACACGCAGGAUUUGAGUCCCAUGACGGCCCGUAGUGUUGUUACUGAUGGUUAGGCUUUUUGUUACUUUGGUCCCAGAUCUCUGCGGGUCAUUCACUAGGUCCCCCUGUGUUUGGGUUUCUGGGAUUUUUGCUCACCGUUCUUGUGGAUCCUUUUGACCCCCACGGGGUGAGAUUUGCGUGGAGCCCCAGAUCGAGGGAGAUUAUCAGUGGUUUGUAUGUCUUCCAUUUCCUAAUAAUUGCUCCCCACAGUUGAUUUCUUCAAACCAAGCUGCUUACCUAUUGCAGAUUCAGUCUUCCCAGCAUGGUGCAGGUCUACAAUUUUGUUUCUGGUGUCCGUUGACAGCUCUUUGGUCUUGACCAUAGUGGAGUUUGGAGUGUGGACUGUUUGAGGUUGUGGACAGGUGUCUUUUAUACUGAUAACAAGUACAAACAGGUGCCAUUAAUACAGGUAACGAGUGGAGGACAGAGGAGCCUCUUAAAGAAGAAGUUACAGGUCUGUGAGAGCCAGAAAUCUUGCUUGUUUGUAGGUGCCCAAAAAUACUUAUUUUCCACCAUGAUUUGCAAAUAAAUUCAUAAAAAAUCCUACAAUGUGAUUUUCUGGAUUUUUUUCCUCAAUUUGUCUGUCAUAGUUGACGUGUACCUAUGAUGAAAAUUACAGGCCUCUCUCAUCUUUUUAAGUGGGAGAACUUGCACAAUUGCUGGCUGACUAAAUACUUUUUUUCCCCACUGUAUAUACACACACACACACACACACACAGUGGGGAGAACAAGUAUUUGAUACACUGCCGAUUUUGCAGGUUUUCCUACUUAAAAAGCAUGUAGAGGUCUGUAAUUUUUAUCAUAGGUACACUUCAACUGUGAGAGACGGAAUCUAAAACAAAAAUCCAGAAAAUCACAUUGUAUGAUUUUUAAAUAAUUAAUUUGCGUUUUAUUGCAUGACAUAAGUAUUUGAUCACCUACCAACCAGUAAGAAUUCCGUCUCUCACAGACCUGUUAGUUUUUCUUUAAGAAGCCCUCCUGUUCUCCACUCAUUACCUGUAUUAACUGCACCUGUUUGAACUCGUUACCUCUAUAAAAUACACCUGUCCACACACUCAAUCAAACAGACUCCAACCUCUCCACAAUGGACAAGACCAGAGAGCUGUGUAAGGACAUCAGGGAUAAAAUUGUAGACCUGCACAAGGCUGGGAUGGGCUACAGGACAAUAGGGAAGCAGCUUGGUGAGAAGGCAACAACUGUUGGCGCAAUUAUUAGAAAAUGGAAGAAGUUCAAGAUGACGGUCAAUCACCCUCGGUCUGGGGCUCCAUGCAAGAUCUCACCUCGUGGGGCAUCAAUGAUCAUGAGGAAGGUGAGGGAUCAGCCCAGAACUACACGGCAGGACCUAGUCAAUGACCUGAAGAGAGCUGGGACCACAGUCUCAAAGAAAACCAUUAGUAACACACUACGCCGUCAUGGAUUAAAAUCCUGCAGCGCACGCAAGGUCCCCCUGCUCAAGCCAGCGCAUGUCCAGGCCCGUCUGAAGUUUGCCAAUGACCAUCUGGAUGAUCCAGAGGAGGAAUGGGAGAAGGUCAUGUGGUCUGAUGAGACAAAAAUAGAGCUUUUUGGUCUAAACUCCACUCGCCGUGUUUGGAGGAAGAAGAAGGAUGAGUACAACCCCAAGAACACCAUCCCAACCGUGAAGCAUGGAGGUGGAAACAUAAUUAUUUGGGGAUGCUUUUCUGCAAAGGGGACAGGACGACUGCACCAUAUUGAGGGGAGGAUGGAUGGGGCCAUGUAUCGCGAGAUCUUGGCCAACAACCUCCUUCCCUCAGUAAGAGCAUUGAAGAUGGGUCGUGGCUGGGUCUUCCAGCAUGACAACGACCCGAAACACACAGCCAGGGCAACUAAGGAGUGGCUCCGUAAGAAGCAUAUCAAGGUCCUGGAGUGGUCUAGCCAGUCUCCAGACCUGAACCCAAUAAAACAUCUUUGGAGGGAGCUGAAAGUCCGUAUUGCCCAGCGACAGCCCCGAAACCUGAAGGAUCUGGAGAAGGUCUGUAUGGAGGAGUGGGCCUAAAUCCCUGCUGCAGUGUGUGCAAACCUGGUCAAGACCUACAGGAAACGUAUGAUCUCUGUAAUUGCAAACAAAGGUUUCUGUACCAAAUAUUAAGUUCUGCUUUUCUGAUGUAUCAAAUACUUAUGUCAUGCAAUACAAUGCAAAUGAAUUACUUAAAAAUCAUACAAUGUGAUUUUCUGGAUUUUUUAAAAAUUACAGACCUCUACAUGCUUUGUAAGUAGGAAAACCUGCAAAAUCGGCAGUGUAUCAAAUACUUGUUCUCCCCACUGUAUAUAUUUGCGAGAUAAAAAAAACAUAUGGGGGAUUGGAAGUGAUGCAGACAAUUACAUUGGAAGUUACAAUCUAUCUGAAAAAAUAAAGCUGAUCUACCCCCUUAAAAGAAUAUAUAAAAAUAAUAAUAUUAUACCUAAUCUUUGAAUGGUUUUGAUCAGUCUCAAACUAACCAAAAUGGUGUUUGAAUUGAUUUUCUUCCCCCGAUGGGACUCUACCAGGAUGAGGAGGACCAAGACAGGCCUCAGAAGAAACCUGCUCGUAGGGGAAGGCCCUCGAAGGGAGCAACAUCAACGUCAGAGGAACCAGGUAUGACUCAGGGGGUCUGGGUAGUUAGGAGGAUAUAAUGCAGUAUUGUUAUGCCCAUCUCCAUGGAAAUUCAUUUUGUAACUUGACAAAACAUUUAUCAAUGGCUGUUGGAGAACUCUGAACUCAUACAUGUAUGUAUUCAUUACAGUUUACUCUCAUAGGAGCAGGUUAAACUGGGUUAGAAAUGAGAGCGGUUGCAACGUUGUUGCAUCUAUUAACACCACCGUGCUUUUUGACUACCGUGUGACCAUGCACACUUUUUCGUUGUAAACAGAAAAUACCGUAUCUGAGAAGACCGACAAAAAGCCAGACAAGAAAGAGAGCGAACAAAAAGAGGAAGAUGAGGAGAAAGAGACUCCCAAAACCAGAACUGCGACUCGAGCUGCUGUUCGCCUUGAGGCUGAGAGGUAACGACAUGUCACAUGACAUGCAGUGCAUGAUAUACACUAUGUGGCCAAAAGUAUGUAGACACCCCUUCAAAUUAGUGGAUUCGGCUAUUUCAGCCACACCCGUUGCUGACAGGUGCAUAAAAUCGAGCACACAGCCAUGCAAUCUCCAUAGACAAACAUUGACAGUAGAAUUGCCCGUAUUGAAGAGCUCAGUGACUUUCAACGUGGCACCGUCAUAGGAUGCCACCUUUCCAACAAGUCAGUUCGUCAAAUUUCUGCCCUGCUAGAGCUGUUCCAGUCAACUGUAAGUGCUGUUAUUGGAGCAACAACGGCUCAGCCGCGAAGUGGUAGGCCACACAAGCUCACAGAAUAGGACCGCUGAGUGCUGAAGCGCGCAGCGCAUAAAAAUAAUUGUCCUCGGUUGCAACACUCUCUACCAAGUUCCAAACUGCCUCUGGAAGCAACGUUAGCACAAUAACUGUUUGACGGGAGCUUCAUGCCUAAGAUCACCAUGCGCAAUGCCAAGCAUCGGCUGGAGUGGUGUAAAGCCUGCCCCAAUUAAUAGUGGCAACUGUAAAGUAGGGUGGAGGAGGAAUAAUGGUCUGGGGCUGUUUUUUAUGGUUCAGGCUCUUUAGUUCCAGUGAAGGGAAAUCUUAACACUAUAACGACAUUCUAGAUGAUUCUGUGCUUCCAACUUUGUGGCAACAGUUUGGGGAAGGCCUUUUCCUGUUUCAGCAUGACAAUGCCCCCGUGCACAAAGCGAGGUCCAUACAGAAAUGGUUUGUCGAGAUCGGUGUGGAAGAACUUGACUGGCCUGCACAGCGCCCUGACCUCAACCCCAUCGAACACCUUUGGGAUGAAUUGGAACGCCGACUUCUAGCCAGGCCUUAUCGCACAACAUGAGUGCCCGACCUCACUAAUGCUCAUGUGGCUAAAUGGAAGCAAGUCCCCGCAGCAAGGUUCCAACAUCUAGUGGAAAGCCUUCCCAGAAGAGUGGAGGCUGCAAAGGGGGGACCAACUCCAUAUUAAUGUCCAUGAUUUUGGAAUGAGAUGUUCGACGAGUAGAUUCUAGAACACGGCUGACUUAGUGCUUAAAGGUUAGUUCAGACAAAUUACAAAUGUAUAUAUUCAUUGGACAAGGAGAGACUGCAAUCCACACUUGGGUUUUGUUAAACUAGCUACUGCCAACAACUACUAAUAUUAGCAUAUUUUUGUAUUUUUCCACAACAUAAGGAAGUCAAUGUCCCUCAGUUAGCAUACUUUAAAUGUAAUGUCUAAAUCAUCUCAAAGUAACUAGUCAUUGAACUACAUAAUACCUUUCAUACAUGAUAUGUUGCAUACAGUAUUGACAACAGUGGGAGUGUAUCCGUUUCAUCUAACCACCGCAAAUAAAAAGGCAACUGGUGUUGCAUUGCCCUUAACCAUCUUCUGAAACAUUCAUAAUUAAAUAAUAAUGGAAAAGGAAUCAAAUUCUGUCCAUCUAUCUUGUUGGGGUGUCUGGCACUGAAGUUGCAAGAAGGCAGUGCACUCAAUGAUUUUGGUCUUGCUUUCCAUUUGUAUUUUCUCCAGGAACAAACCAAGGAAACCUUCCACCCGAGCUCGGGGUGAAGAGGAGAACACAGCAAACACACGGUAGGUUUUUGUGUGUGUGUAUAUGCUUGCGUGUGUGACAGGCUAUGCUCAUCUCUUGGACAGGUAGCUUAGUGGUUAAGAGCAUUGUGCCAGUAACCGAAAGGUCGCUGGUUCUAAUCCCCGAGCCGACUAGGUGAAAAAUCUGUCGAUGUGCCCUUGAGCAAGGCACUUAACCCUAAUUGCUCCGGAUUGCUCUGGAUAAGAGCGUCUGUUAAAUGACAAAAAAAAAAAAAAAAAAAAAAAAUUGGUACUGUGUGUAUCCUUGUUAAUUUGUAUAAACGGUAUGAUUAUUUGCUGAAAUGCUAUAUAGGAUCUAGCAAACUAGUUUUAUAAGAGACCUCUUACAAUUGUCUUUACAUUACAGGAUUUACAUGUUUCUUGACAUGACCCUCUAAUAUACUGUCAAUAUGUCGUUCUAUAUGUGUGUUACUGCAUACUCUUGCUUACCUGUUAUUACCCUCCAGUGGGACGAGAGGACAGGUCUCUGUGCCAGCCAAGGCAGUGGGGCGUAAACGUGAAGCUAGCCCCCCAGCAGUGCGUACCAGAGGUGGACAAAAAUCUGAGGAGCCCCCUUCCAAAAGGACCAAGCGAUAAACAAAUACCGGCUUUCCCCAAGCCCAGGUAUUAGAAUAUUCACAGCGCUGUUGACAUAUUAUUUGACUUUUGAAUGCUUCUUUGUUUUUAGCAACACUUCACAUAAUACAUACCGGUACAUAUUUUCAAGUAUUAGUUUGAACCCCACCCCUCUAUUCAAGCCUGUGGAUGUGUUGGAUAGCAAUAUUUGGGGAUGGUAUGACAGUAUGGUCUAGCAGUGGUGGUUCACCAAACAUUCACCUAACCUGGAUUUAGCUCAUGGUGCUUUCCAUUUCUAUACAGUAUUAUAGACCCUUCACCAUGGGCCCAUAUGUUUUAGAUUGCACUGGUCAUUUAAAGAUGUUAGCUAAUAAUACCUCAUGAAACAGAGCAUUAGAGACCAAUCAUAGGUCUUAUGUGGAGAGGCUCAUUGACUUUAAUCCUAGGAGAGGUUACUGGAAAUUCUUUGUCACUGACAAAUCGACUUCUGUCUUUGUUGGUCACUCCAAGGAUUUGCCGUUCCUACAUCACGUUCAAAGGUUUUAUAUUUCUUUGACCUAUAGAUCCAUAUAGAUAUCAUUCAUAUAGAUUUUUAUAGAGCUAUUAACCUGGGUAUAGUCUCACAAGUGCUUUCACAAUUUGUUAUGUUUUUGCUCAUUGUUUCCGUAUCCAGAAGCCUCUUCCUGUUACUGGACUUGAACAUGGAAGUAUCCAUUCUAUGAAUGUAAAGGAUGCGUUUGUCUUCUCCCUGUGUUUUUUUUUCUAUGUUAUUUUGUUUUUUACUACACAGAUCCGUCUGUGCUCCUAACUACUUUCCCCAUUUAAGUGAUUUCUAGUUUUGCUUAUGCCCUGUUGUCAGUAUUGGAAGAGAUUAAAUUCCUUUCAAAUGGUGAACAA